AUCUUGAAGAUACUGAUAGCUGCUGGAGCUGAUCUGAAUAAAGCAGACGUCCAAGGUCAGACACCGCUUCAUUAUGCAGCAGUAUCUGGAAGCUCAGAGUUGACAAAAGCCUUGAUCGAAGGAGGCGCUUUGCUUGAUGAAAUCGACGAAGACGGACAAACUCCUCUUAUCAAGACCGCAAGUUGUCACGCCAAGGGAAGCAUGGUAGUUCUAUUGAACGCUGAAGCAAAGACUGAUCUACAGGACUUUGAUGGCAGAACUGCGCUCCAUUACGCAGCCGAUCAUGGCUGGCUUGAAGUCUGUGUUAUGCUGGUCGAAGCCGGUGCGAAUCCCAAUACCUUGGAUAGACAAGGUCAUACGCCCUUACAACUAGCCGAG